AUGACAGUUUUACCAUUUUUAACAUACAAAAUUUUACCAAGUCGAACUAUUGUUAAAGAAAAUAUUCGUCUUGGACACGUAAAAGAAGAUAUUGAUGCUUUAAUACAUGCACUUACUCCUAUAUUAUUCAUUACAAAAUCAGGUGUACCUAAACCACUUUUUCUUGAUCCAGGCGUUAUACAACAUUUAACCGAUAAACCUGGUACAUUAAAUUUAUUACAACUUUUUGGUUGGGUUCCAAAUCAUCGAGGUGAUUAUGUAUUUGUCGAUGCUAACUCACCAGAAGAAACAAAUCAACGUGAAGAAGUAGCAAAUGAAUUUCGUCAAUUUUACGAUGAAUUAAAAAAGAUUAAAGAUAAGGAUGUUGGUUCGGUAGAAAAUUCUCAUACAGUCAUAACAACAAUACCAUUCUCAUCAUAUCAUAUAAUACCGGCUGAAAAAAUUAUUAGAGAUAAUGUUCGCCCUGAAACUAUAAAAGAAGAUCUUGAUUCUAUGAUCCAUGCACUUACACCAGUAGUAUAUCUUACUAAACCAGGUGUACCAAAACCACCUUUUCUUGAUCCAACUAUUAUUCAAACAUUAACAGAUAAACCAGGAACAUUGAAUUUAUUACCACUUUUUGGCUGUACUUUAAAUCAUCGUGGUGAUUAUAUUUUUGUUGAUGCAAAUACAUCAGAGGACAGUGCUUUACAUGAAACAGCUGGAAAUGAAUUUCGUCAAUUUUAUGAUGAAAUAAAAAGAGUUAAGAAUGGUACAAAUAUUGUUAUGGAAUAUUUUCUUAACGUAAGCUUUUAA